GACACACACACACAGACAGACACUGUCUCUCUCUCUCUCCCUUAUAAAUGUUCUGCAAAGUAAUCUCUCUCCAUUCAUUCCCUCUCCUUCCCCUCAUCCCCAAGUCUCUCUCUUUUCUUCAUUUCACCGCACCAUACACACACACCGACACACACACAGAGUUUCCAUGGCGGCGAAGAAACCGAGAAUCGUGAUCAUCGGAGCCGGAAUGGCCGGUCUCACGGCGGCGAACAAGCUCCACACUGCCUCCAACAACACCUUCGACCUCUCCGUGGUCGAAGGCGGGUCGAGAAUCGGCGGGAGGAUCAACACCUCCGAGUUCUCCGCCGAGAAGAUCGAGAUGGGCGCCACGUGGAUCCACGGCAUCGGCGGCAGCCCUAUCUACAAAAUCGCCGAGGCGACCGGCUCUCUGCUCUCCGACGAGCCGUGGGAGUGUAUGGACCCCACCGUCGAUAAAGCUAGAACCUUUGCGGAAGGCGGGUUCGAGGUUGAGCCUUCCGUCGUCGAACCCGUCUCGGGGCUGUUCAAUGCUCUCAUGGAGUUAGCUCAGGGGAAAGACAUCGACGACGGAGAUUUGGGUGAAAUUUACGAAAUUGCCACUAGGGUUUGCUCUUCCGGUGAUGGGUUUAACGGGAAUAGUGUUGGGUCGUUCUUGAGAUCUGGGUUCGAUGCUUAUUGGGCUUCUUCGAUCGGUAAAGGAGAGAAAGGGUGUGGUGGGACGUGGAGCAGGAGGUCGCUUGAAGAAGCUAUCUUUACUAUGUUCAGCAACACGCAGAGGACUUACACGUCAGCAGAUGAUCUCUACACGCUUGACUACGCGGCGGAGAGUGAGUACCAGAUGUUUCCAGGGGAAGAGAUCACUAUAGCUAAAGGCUAUCUGAGUGUUAUACAUCACUUGGCCUCUGUUCUUCCUCAAGGUGUUAUCGAGUUGAACCGGAGGGUUACGAAGAUCGAGUGGAGGCAGAGUUAUGAAGAAGGUCCUGUGAAGGUGCAUUUCUCUGAUGGGUCUGUUUUGUUUGCGGAUCAUGUUAUUGUUACUGUCUCUUUAGGUGUGCUUAAAGCAGGGAUUGAGGGAGAUGGUGGGUUGUUCAGUCCUCCUCUGCCUGGUUUUAAAUCCGACGCUAUCAAAAGGCUAGGGUAUGGUGUUGUCAACAAGCUGUUCGUGGAAGUGUCUCAGAGAAAGUUCCCGUCUAUGCAGCUUGUGUUUGAGAAGGAGGAUUCUGAGUAUAGGUUCGUGAAAAUCCCUUGGUGGAUGAGGAGAACCGCGACCUUGGCCCCGAUACACAGCAAUUCGAAGGUCUUGCUUUCUUGGUUCGCAGGCAAAGAGGCUCUCGAGCUUGAGAAACUAACCGACGAGGAGAUCAUGGACGGUGUCUUGACCACUGUGUCUUGCUUGACAGGCAAGGAAGUGAAGAAAGACACGGGAAUAACUCCAAAGACCUUGACCAAUGGCUCUUUGCGCGAGGGUGAUGAUGAAGUCGUGAAAAUCACAAAGGUCUUGACGAGCAAAUGGGGAGGUGAUCCUCUUUUCAGGGGUUCGUAUUCGUAUGUCGCGGUCGGGUCAAGCGGGGAUGACUUGGACGCCAUGGCUGAGCCAUUGCCACAGAUUAACAAGAAGAGUGGUCAGGUCAAUGGUCAUGGUCAAGCUUUAGUACAUGAGCUUCAAGUCAUGUUUGCAGGGGAAGCAACGCAUAGAACUCAUUACUCCACAACGCAUGGUGCUUACUAUAGUGGUUUGAGGGAAGCCGAUAGACUUCUCAAGCAUUACAAAUGUGAUUUUUGAUUGUUAAUGUUAAGAAUAUGUUUCAUUUUUUUUUUGGGGCAAUGUGUUUAGAGAAGCUUAAUUAGUUUUGUGAGUUUUUUUUUUUUUUACUUUCAGUUUGCUU